AUGGCUUCCGACGUGAACCCUGCCUUGGUAGGACCUGUCGAUCUUCUUCGGAGUGGGACCCUUAACUUCGGCGCCAAUCCCAACCUUACAUUGCCUCUGUACCAAGGCCGCUCGGCAUCGAACCAGACAUACUGGUGGAUUGUUACGGAUUCAUCAGACGAAGGCAAUGCGCAGCAACUCGGGAUCAACUUCUCACCAAAGCUACGUUUUGCGGCUCAAGGCGUAGACAGUAAUAGUUUGACGGGCGCUGAGCAACUAAAUAUUGUGAACAACACCGUCUAUGGGCGGCGAGGCCUAGUCGACUUCUCGCCUGUGCGUAUAAUCGUCCCAGGGAAUUCUACACCAUUUCCUCCAGCAAUGGUACAGCCAGGAUCUGUUGGGGAUGCGGAGUACACCCCUUUGAUCCAACUGAUGAACGCUGGGUAUGAGGUUUGGAACGCGCCUAUUGUCGCAGGGGACUUGGAUGAAGCCUAUCUGAACCAGUUUUGCGACGGCGUCCCGGCCGAUCAAGAAGAGGAUUUCAGGAGCAAGGUGCACGAUCAGGUACUUGCCAUCUGUCCGCGUGCUUCGACUGUUACUCUGGCCACCGUCCGUGGCUUCUCCUUCGGCAAAUCGGUUCUGUACCUCAUCUCUGACGGUUCUGACCCAUUACCUGCCACUCUCGACGGUGGAACCUUCGCUCCGCGUCUCUCUGUGGUUCGCACUGGCGGAGAUGAUUCGCUGUUCUCAGCUAUUGAGCGCUUUUUCGUCAACACGAACGGGUAUACUAACGGUGAUCUUCCUCCCGGUGCACCGAACAAUGAGACGCACCAUCCAUGGCGGCAGGGUUUGGACUCUGCGAUUCUCGGCGAGGGCAAUCCGCUCAACGUUCUCGGCGCCAUUCCCACAGUCGCUUUCGACUACUCGCCGCUCUGGAACUUUCAACUUUGGGCAUGGACCGACUACUCCAUCGAGAAUGGCAUCCGCACUCGUCUGACGGGCGAAUUUGAGGUCCUUGGGAUGGCUGCCGCAGGGUACGUGACAGAUCCCGAUGGUGGCCCGCUGUCGGACGCGGAGAUUAUUAACAACUGCCCGAUUGUGCAUCGGUUCUUGUAA